AUGGGACGCUUUGCCGCGUCAAUCGCGGUGGUGUUUCUGAUCUAUUUGGUUUCGGGUGGUGCAGAGGUUCGUGCCUCCGAUCCUGAGCUUACCUCAGAUUUUGCAGUACCUGCAGGUAGCGAUGCAGCAAGUGUGAAUGCGAGUUUCUUCACUUCGACAAUGUUUCGAAAUGCCACUGCAGAUCCUUCUUUGGCUCCGUUCGGCACACCAAGGAGGGCGGAUCUGACCAACUUUCCAGCUCUAGAUGGACUUGGCAUUUCAGCUACCAUUUUCGUGUUUCUUCCUGGAACUGUUAAUCCUCCCCACGUUCAUCCCCGAGCAUCUGAAGUCGUCUUCGUGGUAGAUGGAAAUCUGGACAUCGGAUUCGUGGACACCACCAACACGUUGAGAACGCAGAGUCUGAAGCAGGGCGAUCUCUUUGUAAUUCCCAGAGGCCUUGUUCAUUUUCAGAUAAACAGGGGCGCCGUCACCGCCACAGCUUUCAACACAUUCAGUAGUUCGAACGCAGGAAUCUCAAGUCUGCCAACUGCUCUGUUCGGCUCUAGCGAGCCGAUCAGUGAUGACAUCCUCGAGAAAUCUUUCGGUGUUUCCGCCAGCACCAUCAAGACCUUGAAGGAUGCUCAAGCAUAA